GUUAACAGCUUGUUUCAACAUAAAAUUUUCAGUCACCAACUAAUUCAUCCAACAUUUCGGCUUUCAAGUCAAAAUUUACAUUGGAUUUUUUUUUAGUUCAAGCAAACGUAAAAGUGCACAAUGUCAAGCAGUAGGUAUGAUCCGAAGUUGUCAUUAGAGACACAAAUGCAAUAUGUGGAACUUGAAGCCGAGAAGCGAAUAGGCUAUCUAAUGGAGAAGUGCGAUGCAAUUGAUAGCCGUCUAAAUAAGAUGACUGAAAAGGUGAGGGAAAUUGGAGCACUAUCCGAAACCCAGAAGAUUGAUUAUGACCAAAUACCUUUUACAGAUCCGAAUAUUUUACUUGUAGCCAGUGACCAACCAAAACCUCUAGGCAAAAGUGUAGGUACUACAAAACUAAAACGUAGUAAUUUAACUCAAUAUAUCUAAAUUUCUUGUUGUAAGGAACUAUGUGCCAGAGUGAGACAUAUCAAGCAGUGAAAAAAUAAAAAAAAGUUUAAAAAAAUCUAAAAAUUUAACAUUGCCAAAAAAUAUAAUUACAAUAGUUUUUAU